UUAAGGUUCGGCGUCGAUGAGAACCUUUGUGUGUGAGGCUCUUAUUGUGGAGGGUUUGACCCGGAAGCAGCUAGCAGCGGAGCCGCAGAGCAGCGGCCGUCCUCCGGAUUCCUGCCCCGCUCCCAGAGCCUCUCUCUCGGCGGUGACAGACAGCUCCUGUGGCUCCGCGCUGCCGGUGGCUCCAGGCGGUCCGGCCGGGAUCUGCGACCCAGUGGGAUGUUAGUGAGUCCGGGCUUCUCACACGGAGCUGCUCGGAGCUUUUCUGCCCGCAUCCGAGACAAGGAGCAUCUCCGCGGUUCUUCACCACCAUCCUCAUCCUCAUCUUCGGCUGCAGAGGUGUGAAACGUCAUGACUGGAGCUGAGACUGAGGACGACAUUCCUCUAGGAGAACGGAAAACCGUCACCGACUUCUGCUACCUGCUGGAUAAAUCCAAGCAGCUGUUCAAUGGGCUCAGAGAUCUUCCUCAGUACGGACACAAGCAGUGGCAGUCGUACUUCGGCCGGACCUUCGACGUUUACACCAAGCUGUGGAAGUUCCAGCAGCAGCACAGGCAGGUUCUGGAUACCAGGUACGGCCUGAAGAGAUGGCAGAUCGGAGAGGUGGCCUCCAAGAUCGGACAGCUCUACUACCACUACUACCUCCGGACCUCAGAGACCAGCUACCUGAACGAAGCCUUCUCCUUCUACUCGGCCAUCCGCCAGCGCUCCUACUACUACCAGGUCAACAAGGAGGACAGGCCUGAACUGGUGGUGAAGAAGCUCCGCUACUACGCUCGCUACAUCGUCGUGUGUUUACUGCUCAACAAGAUGGACCUAGUCAAAGUUCUGGUGAAGGAGUUAUCGGAGGAGAUCGAAGACUACACCCAGCGCUUCAACACGGAGGACCAGCUGGAGUGGAACCUGGUUCUGCAGGAAGUGGCAGCUUUCAUCGAGGCCGACCCGGCCGUGGUUCUGAACGACAACAGCUCGGUGUUGGUGACCAGCCACCGGCUGCAGGACGGCAGCGUUCCCCCGCUGGAGCAGGGCAUGGUGGUCGGCCAGCUGCUCCUCGCCGACGCCCUGAUCGUCGGCAACUGCAACAACCAGGUCAAGUUCAGUGAGUUGACCGUCGACAUGUUCCGGAUGCUCCAGGCUCUGGAGAGGGAACCCGUCAACCUGGCAACGCAGACGUCCAAACAGGCAACGCUGGAGCCCAGUGAGAAACCAGCCAAGAGAGAAAACCCCCAUAAGUACUUGCUGUACAAGCCGACCUUCAGCCAGCUCUACACCUUCCUGUCGGCUUCCUUCAAGGAACUUCCUGCCAACAGCGUCCUGCUGGUUUAUUUAUCGGCUACUGGAGUUUUCCCAGUGACACAUUUAGACUACGAAGCAGGUCCGUAUGACUUCGGCGGCGUUCUGACCAACACCAACAGGGACGUGGUGAACGGGGAGACGGUCCAGAAGAGGAACCAGGCCCAGAAAGAGAUGCACUGCCUUCAUCCUGGAGAUCUGUUUCCUUUCACCCGGAAGCCGCUCUUCAUCGUCGUGGAUUCCUCAAACAGCACCGCCUAUAAGAACUUCUCCAACCUGUUUGGCCAGCCGCUGGUGUGUCUGCUCUCCCCGACCGUUUACCCAAAGAGCGUCCAGGAUCAGUCUCAGCGCGGCAGCCUCUUCACGCUCUUCCUGUACUCUCCUCUGCUGGGCUUCUCCUCCGUCUGCGGCCUGAGCAGCGUGCGGCGCGGCCUGUGGGAGCGCGCUCAGGACUUCCUGCAGAAGGUGUUCCGGGACAUCGGCCAGAUGCUGACCCGGUCCCGGAGCAUCGAUCAGGCCUUCCUGCAGUUCUUCGGUGACGAGUUCCUGCGGCUGCUCCUGAUCCGGUUCGUGUUCUGCUCGGCGACGCUGAGGCUACAUAAGCUGUUCCGGGAAUCCCGGAGCUUCCCGGAGUCGUACCCGGAGCUGCCGAAGCAGGACACGGUGGAGAGCGUCCUGCUGCAGAAACAGGUUCUGGAGCUGGCCGCCAUGCUGGACGUUCAGAGCUUAUUCUGGGACGAUUCUCUGGAGAGCUACUAGCGCCUCCGCACCGGACUCAACCAGAACCAGAACCAGAACCCGCUCUGUUCUUUCCUUUGUAGUAUGAAGGUAAUCUUUGUCUUGACCAGUCGCUGACCCGAGUCGGCUGACCCAGUCGCGGCCAGUCUGACCAGUCGCUGACCCGAGUCGGCCCGAGUCGCGCCCGAGUCAUGACCAGUCGCGGCCGAAGUCGCCCGAGUCGCGGCCCGAGUCGCGGCUCCUGUGAACCAGAUCAACAGUAACAUUCCGUGUGUUGUUUUUUAUUUAUUUAUUGUUGUGUCGCGGUGACACCUGGAGGUUUGUUUAUCAGAUGACGGGCUGAGAUGCGUUCAGGUUCGCUCCGUUUAUUCCAGGUUUUUAACCAGAUCAUCUGGUUCCUCUGUGAAUCUUAGAGUUUCUCUUAUUGCUGUGAGUAAAAUUCUUGUCAUUAGUUCUUCUCUGCAGAUAUAAAAGCACAAAACCUUCACAGCGCCCUCUAGUGGGACGCAGCGCUCUGGCUACAGGAGGCCAAACAUUCAGAGUUUUAACUUAAAGGUAAUGAAACUCAGACAGAUUCAUCACACACUGGUGGAUUUCAAGAAUUUAUUUCCAUCCGUGUUACUGGUGCACACUUUUUCCCUCCACUCAACUUUCCAUUUAUAUGUAAUUAGAGCCUCCUGGUGGACGGCGUCAGUAACUGCCCGCUGGUCCAAACCAGAACAUUCCAGUAAAAAGCCUUCUGAUUGGCCGGAUUUAAUGAUCGGCUUUCAUUCAGUGAUAAUCAGAUGAAAAUGAAAAAGCAAAUGAAAUGCUUGAAAUUUGUCACGUUGUGUUUAAUGAAUUUAAUAUUUAAUAAUAUAUGGAGCUGAAGACGAGCCGUUUUCUAGAGCUACAGACAAACACUGACAGGAAUCAUUUUUUAAAGUCCGAUUUUCAACAUGUUAUCACUUCACGGACACACGUCCCAGUUCCAAACCGUUUACUUACUUUAAAUCUGGGAUUGAAUGACAGACAUGGUGAAAACAUGAUUCUGAAAAAUGAAUCCUAUUUUUUCAUUUUCCUACAAACUAAAUAAAUAACUCCGAUUAUUCCUGUCGGUUUUUGUUUGUCUCUAUAAACGUUACUUUAGUUUUUCCUCGGAUCGUCUUCAGGCUGAAUUAUGGAUCCGCGUUCAGACCCGGAUGUGACGGGUUCUGGGUUCUGUGGUCAGAUGGGUUGUCUGCUCUGAACCUGGAACAGAACCGGAUCAAAGGUCGGUUCUGGUUCUGGUUCUGGACAGUUCCCAGAAGUUUGUUUUUGGAUCACGGCUGAUGAAAAACCAGAAUUUUAUUUUUUUUGUCUUUCCAGUAUUUAUUGAUAUCGUCAGAGUGUGUGUGUGUGUGUGUGUGUGUGUGUGUGUGUGUGUGUGUUCAGUCUAUGAUGUUUAACAUGAAGUUGGGAAUCAACCGGAUCAUCUCGGUGACCCGUAAUCAUUUUCCUAAAUCUACAUUCCGACUUUCCCAGCAGAAUCGUCGUGUGAAUUUUUCCCUUGUUGUUUUGCACUUUAUGAGUUCUGGUGUUACUGUCAUUUAGUUUGUUGUGUUUUUAACUCCCAUGGUUCUGUGGACGUUCUGCCGAGCAUGUAGGCUGGUUCUGACCCGACUGUCUGGGGUUCUACAUGGUUCUAGCAGGAGGAGAGAAACUCGGCUUUAAUCUGUAAGAUAGCAAAAAGAAAAGAAAAAGAGAUUUGAGCCACAACAUUAUGACCAGUCGUUUCAGUUUGUUUCUAUGGCAACAGUUCACAAACGAGUCGUUUCCGAUCCAAUCGGUUCAGUUUGUUAUUUAACGGUUAAAAACCCAGCAGAGCGUCGACCUCUGACCUUCAGGACUCAAAGUUUAGAUCUGAACCAGGAAUCAUGAGCAGAAUCAUUCAUGUCUAAUCUAAUUCCUGGUCAUAAUGUUUUGACUCGUCUGCUCUUCAUUGCAGCUAUAAAACAAAAUCUUUUCAGCUUCUGUUCAAACUUUUUACUGUUGUGAUGUUUUCUGUGCUUCGGGUUUUAAAAUGUUCUUUACUUUGAGCUCCGAACAAAAGAAAAGUAAAACGUGAGGAUGAAAUCCAGGAGCCGACCCAGCAGCAGAUGAAGCAGCGGCUCCUUCACUGGACUCAUCUUAACUUUGUAAAUGAAAUGUCAGACAUUAAGGACCACCUUUCAGUUGCUACAUAUCAUUUUUAUAAACAGCAUGACUGUAGAGGUAAAUAAUGUUUCAUGUCAGGAUUUUAAACAGAUCAUCUUCAUAAACCUCUGAAAAUGAACAAGGAGGAAACUGUGAAAUAUUUGUUUCUGAAGCAGCUGAUCUGCAGAAAGAUGCAGAUUAUAGAAAUAAUAAUAAUAAUAAUAAUAAUAAUAAUAAUAAUAAUUCAGCUGGAGAUGCACCAAUCAGAGAGCAGGAAAUCUGUCUCAUUCAGCUGAUGAUUAAAAACUGACAGCGUUUAUGUUCAGGUCAGCGCAGCGUGCUGUGAGGAACGAUGCAUUUAAUUCCUCAGUUUUAUCUUACAUUUCUGUUUUCAAUCUGCAAAAUGUAAAUUUAAAUUUGAGCUGAGAGAAAAGCAGGAUCCUGGUUGGUGCGUCUCUCACCUGAUUCAGCUCUUCACUUCCACCCAGAACCUCAUGGGAUCAUUUCUGGUCAUCUUGUCGGUUUUGCUGUAAGUCGGCUGCAGAGCGCUGACCUGCUGACCUCUGACCUGCUGACCCGGAGCACACAGAGCCGCCUGGGGCUGCAAACCGCAGGAAGCUCGAUUUUACUUUUCUACACUCUGAAGAUCCACAUCAUCCUGAGCUGCUUGUUGUUUCCUUUGUGAUUUGAGUCGUUUGGUUUGACAAAAGAACAGAUGAUGAUCUGUCAGCAUGUUUGUUUAGAAUAGGAAGUGCCAAAGACUGCCGUGUCACAUCCUGGCCACCAUGGAGACCUUCAUGUACCGACGGUUCGUUUUCUGUCGCCAGAAAGAAUCAAUAAAGAAAACAAGAUCUGGCUUCAUAAACCGCCUGGUUUGUCUUUUUACUAAGAAAUGAUUCACAUGGACUGGAGCUGCUGCCACACAGAAACCUGACAGACGGGUCGGGUCGGGUCGGGUCGGACAGCCACUGCUCCUCACGUUCCGAUGCCACCUGUUCCUGACCACAACGACACCAGGGGUCAUCGGAAUAGUUACAGAACCUCUACUGACCCUCUGGUGUUUGAACUGGACCUCAUCCAUCCUGACCUGCUGGAGCUGAGACCUGGAGUUUUGGACCUGGAACCGUUUGGAG